AUUGUUUUUACUAUGUGUAAGAAAUAUCCCAAACAUGAAAAGAUUGCGUUGAUCAUAUGCACAUAUGUAGAAAAUUUUUACAGAGUGGAAAGAUUGUUAAAAGUGUGAUUUUUAUUUUCAGAAGUCAUAUACAUGUAAGCUACAAUUUUGAGUGCUUUAUAAACACUUGAGAUAUAUAAAUGAAAUUUUAAUUUCAUAACAACUUGUAAAAAUAAAAAAAAAACUUGUUGAAAACCCUUUUUCAACAUAUCCCUAAGCUCUAGGGGAAGAGGAGGGACUAACAACUCAAUGAAAAGACAGUCUCCAAUUUCUGAAUGGAAAAGCUACAGCUAAGAAAUCAAAUAAAAUGUCAUGGUUAAAAAAAAAAAAAAAAUCCAAAAAAAUUAGCCAAGCAUGAUGGGAGGCACCUGUAGAUCCCCCUGGCCGGGAGGCUGAGGCAGGAGAAUCACUCGAACCCAGGAGGCAGAAGCUGAAGUGAGCCGAGAUUGUGCCAUUGCUUUCUAGCCUGGGCAACAAGAGUGAAACUGCCUCAAAAAAAGAAGUGAAUGAUCUGGAGAUGGAUGGUGGUGAUAGCUGCAUGACACUGUGAAUGGAGUUAAUACUGCUGAACUGUGCACUUAAAAACGGUCAAGAUGGGCUGGGCAUGGUGGCUCAUGACUGUAAUCCCAGCACUUUGGGAGGCGGAGGCAGGAGGAUCACCUGAGGUCGAGAGUUCAAGACCAGCCUGAUCAACAUGGAGAAACCCUGUCUCUACUAAAAAUACAAGAUUAGCCGGGUGUGGUGGUAUGUGCCUGUAAUCCCAGUUACUUGGGAGGCUGAGGUGGGCGGAUCACUUGAGGUUGGGAGUUCGAGAUCAGCCUGACCAACAUGGAGAAAACUUGUCUCUACUAAAAGUACAAAAAAUCAUCUGGGGGUGGUGGCACACUUCUGUAAUCCCAGCUACUUGGGAGGCUGAGGCAGGAGAAUCACUUGAACCCGGGAGGCAGAGUUUGUGGUGAGCCAAGAUUGCACCAUUGCACUCCAGCCCUGGCAACAAGAGUGAAACUCCAUCUCCAAAAAAAAAAAAAAUACAAAAAUUAGCUGGGCAUGGUGGCCCGCGCCUGUAGUCCCAGCUAUUCGAGAGGCUGAGGCAGGAGAAUCACUUGAAGCAGGGAGGCAGAGGUUGCAGUGAGCUGAGAUCAUGCCACUGCACUCCAGUCUGGCGACACAGCAAGACUCCAUCUCAAAAAAAAAUAAACCAAUAAAUAAUAAUAAUAAUGUAUUAUACGCUGGAAAAUUGCUAAGAUUAGAUCUUCCAUGUUCUCACUACAAAAGCACAAGUCUGUGAGGUGACAGAUGUGGGAAUCAGCUUGAUUUAAUAAUUUUACAGUGUGACAAAACGUCACAUUGUAGAUGGUAAAUAUAUACAAUUUUAUUUGUCGAUUAUACCUUUAGAAGGGCGAGUGGUGUUUCUGUUUGUAAUGUGUUUCUGUGUGUGUCUGUGUGUGUGUCUCCGUGUCUCUGUGUGUCUCUGUGUUUGUGUGUCUCUUUGUAUGUGUGUCUCUGUGUGUGUGUCUCUGUGUGUGUGUCUCUGUUUGUGUGUCUCUGUGUUUGUGUGUCUCUGUGUCUCUGUAUGUGUGUCUGUGUGUGUGUUUGUCUGUGUCUCUGUGUGUGUCUGUGUGUGUGUCUCUGUGUGUGUCUGUGUGUGUGUCUCUGUGUGUGUCUCUGUGUAUGUGUGUCUCUGUGUCUCUGUGUGUGUGUCUGUGUGUGUCUGUGUGUGUGUGUCUCUGUGUGUCUCUGUGUAUGUGUGUCUCCGUGUGUUUCUCUGUGUGUGUGUGUUUCUCUGUGUUUGUGUGUCUCUGUAUGUGUGUCUCUGUGUGUCUGUGUCUGUGUGUGUGUGUUUGUGUGUCUGUGUGAUGUGAGGUGUGAGGUGCUGAACAUGGUGCCUUAACCAUCAUUUUCAUUCUUACCUCCUGAUUCCUUGACUUGAAUCGUGAGUGACUUCUGGCUAAACUCAAACUGUUUCCUCCUCUCUCACCACCCCUCCCUCCAGGGCUGGUUGGAAGAGCCCACCCAGGCCCCCUGAGUUCAAGCCCUGGGGGACUCCUACAGGGCAGGUCUCUGGACCCCAAGGAGGAUGUUCCACAGACCCAGGACGCCCUAGAGGAAGUGGGGAAGGAGGAAAGUCAGGUGCAUCACCUCCUGGGACCGGGACCCAAGCCCAUCCAGGGUGCAGGUGCCUCCAAAGGAAAGGCCUAGGGGAGGGUCUUGGGGGGCCAUGGUGCAGCCCACUUCCCUGUGUGACCUCAGCCUUUGCCGCCACUCUGCCUCUGGUGGGAGGUCCCUGAACAAAGCACCCAGGGCCCCAGGGGCAAGGCCAAGCUGACAGCUGUGGUGAGGGGCAGUUGAGCCCUGGAUCCGACCACAGCAGGGCGGUUGGCAGAUGUGCCUCUGUACGCAGGGGCAACGGCCAUGGACCCUGGAAGGGGCUGGUCUGGGGGCAGGGAUCAGAGGAUUCGGACGGGGCCACAUGGGCUGGGUGCACUGGGACAGCUGCUGCCAGCAAAAGGAACCAGGGCACCACUCUCCAGGGAGGCCACGCUGCAAGUCAGGCCACAGGGCCUCUGACCCUGAGGGCCGAUGAGGCCUGGGACAGGCCAGAGGGGCCAUGAGGCCCCUGGUGAGCCAGGCGCCGACCCCAGGCAGCGCUGGCCCCUGCUGUUGCUGGGUCUGGCUGUGGUAAGCCAUGGCCUGCUGCACCCAAUGGCUGCACUGCAGAGCCGGGCCCUGGGCCCUGGAGCCCCUGGAGGAAGCAGCCGGUCCAGCCUGAGGAGCCGGUGGGGCAGCAGGUUCCUGCUCCAGCAUGGCUCCUGGGCUGGCCCCAGGUGUUGGCCUCGGGAUGUUCAAUCCAGGCAGAAUUCACUGAGGCAUGUGUUUGGCAGCGGGACCCAGCUCAGCGUUUUAGGUCAGCCCAAGGCCACCCCCUGGGUCACUCUGUUCCCGCCCUCCUCUGAGGAGCUCCAAGCCAACAAGGCCACACUGGUGUGUCUCAUGAAUGACUUCUAUCCAGGAAUCUUGACGGUGAUCUGGAAGGCAGAUGGCACCCCCAUCACCCAGGGUGUGGAGACCACCACGCCCUCCAAACAGAGCAACAACAGGUAUGCGGCCAGCAGCUACCUGAGCCUGACGCCCGAGCAGUGGAGGUCCCGCAGCAGCUACAGCUGCCACGUUAUACACGAGGGGUGCACCGUGGAGAAGACAGUGGCCACUGCAGGAUGUCCUUAGGCCCCUAACCCUCACCCCACCCACAGGGGCGUGGAGCUGCAGGUUCCCAGGGAAGGGGUCUCUCCCUGCAUCCCAAGCCAUCCACGCUUCUUCCUGUACCCAGUAAACCCUCAAUAAAUGUUCUCUUUGUCCACCAGAAA